UGCCCGCCCGCCCCGCGGUGCUGCGCUGGCAGCACUCUACAACCCACUCCCAGUGUCACCCACCACGCGCGACCCGUCCACGCCCGCGCGACCUCCCCACGACAUCUCGCCGCCGCAGGACAUCUCUGCGUUCCUCGCCGCCGCAGGUCCCCGCGCCCACAUGCCCAUGCCCAUGCGCCCCCGACCCGGCUGAAACGCUGGUGCAUCUGCACGCCAGCGCCGCGCGUGUUCCAGAAGCACGUCGCUUGUUGCAGGAACGUGUGCGUGCGCGUGCUGCAUGCGCGUGUGCUGUGGUUGAGACGGCGGGCGCGGGCGGCGGCGACGUUGUGGGCUUCAUGUGCGCGGGUGCUGGUGGUGGGUGUUGCGCUGCGGGCUGCGAUGCGUUGCGGCGGGCUGCUGGCUCUCCUGGCUCUCCCUCUCCUGGCUCCGCUGCGGCGGCGUCGCAAGGGAGGCGGAUACUCGGCCGCACUGCUGCAGCCAGACAGUCGCGGCGCGUUGUUCAGGCAGAAUGAGUGGUUCACGACAACCUCGUCAAGGCCGACGCAAGUCCGCGCGCCCCCAAGUCCGAACGCUCCAGACUGCAAUCUCCGCUCUGCUGGUCGCUGGCGUGCAGGCCGUCCAGCCAGCGGGGUUCUUGGUGCGCGACAGGCAAGGAGCUUGCGUCGAUUGCAGUAUGCCGGAUGUUUCUGCGCUGAUCAAACGGCCGGGAUGCCUUCCCCACUCUGACGCUCCCACUCUGACGCUGGGGGGGACCGCGCGCAGGGACCGUCCCGGACUUGCAGCGUCUGGGACGUCUGGCGCACGGGUGUGCGACCUGCGACACGCACUUAAACGUCCGUCGUUCGUCGCAGCAGCGGCCGGUGUGCUGGCUACUACUUCAAGACCGCCCCUUGCCUUCGUUUGCGACUACGCUUGCUCUGCCCUCCGUUCUUUGCCCACCUGCUGCUGCUACUUCUUCACUCAAAGCCCGAGAGUCUUUGCUGGCUGUGUUGAUUGUGCGGACUGUACUGUACAUGCUAGAGCAUACUUUGUUGAGCUCUUCCAGACGCGGCGGCCACGCGUAACUCCUGUGUUACGAUCCCAA